AUGCUUGCCGUGUUGGGCGCGGGGAAGGUGCCGGUGGGCCGGCUCAAGCUGGCGUCCGCCGAGAUGGCCGCCUUCAUCCCCCCCGACAAGAUGGACAUCCUGCGCAAUAUAUACACCGUGGCCAAGGAGGAGGAGCAGCGCCAAGCUGCCUGGCCAGCCGGCGUCACCUUUGUGCCGUUCCAGGUCAAAUUGAGUAACAAUUUGUGCGCCCCGCCCUUGAAGUCUUCCCGCUCACCUCAGACUACAUUGACUUUGGAUAUUCUGACUGCCUCCCCGAGGACAAUUGAUUACGUGGCGAGUGCGGAAACCGCGAGCGACGCCGCUAUUGGUUUCCUCAGCACGGCUCCGUCGGACGGACACGCCCACAAGACUAAGUUGGAUGAACGGAUCAAAACUCUUGAAGCUGAAAAGGCAGCCCGGAAUAAGCAAGGUAUGAGUGGUCGCCAUGUUCCGCAACCCUGA